CGUUAAGCCAGCCAGGGGCAGCUCUCAGCGUGCUACCAUUGGCUGGGAGCCGGGGGCGGGGGAUGUAGUGGGGGCGUGGCCAACCCUGCUUGGGCGUCUCUGAUUGGUCGAGGGCGGGUUUAGCUAAUUAGGGGCCCUGGGAAGCAGGGGUGUUCUAGGGGAGGCGCAGAGGGCAGAGAUGGCGCUGGCCCGGCUCGGGAAGGUGGUUCCCAAAACCAGCAUCCUCUUCCUGUGCGACAUGCAGGAGAAGUUCCGGCCCACCAUAGCCCACUUCCCCCAGAUUGUGGCCGUGGCAGCUCGCAUGUUGCAGGUGGCGCAGCUGCUGGAGAUCCCAGUGGUGGUGACAGAGCAGUACCCCCAGGGUCUGGGCCCUACGGUGCCUGAGCUGGGGGCCGAGGGGUUGAGGAAGUUCCCCAAGACCUGCUUCAGCAUGCUGGUCCCGGAGGUGGAGCAGGAGUUGGGGGCACUGCCCCACCUGCGCUCUGUGCUCCUGUGCGGCAUUGAGGCCCAAGCCUGCAUCAUGAGCACAGCGCUCGACGCCCUGGAGCGGGGACUGGAUGUUCACGUGGUGGCUGACGCGUGCUCCUCCAGAAGCCAAGUGGACCGGCUGGCGGCCCUGUCCCGUCUGCGGCAGAGCGGUGCCUUCAUCACCACCAGCGAGGGGCUGAUCCUGCAGCUGGUCAGAGACGCUGCCCACCCCUGCUUCCGACAGAUCCAGAAGGUCAUUAAGGAUCCGGCUCCGGACAGUGGCCUCGUCUCCCUGUUCCCGGGACAGAGCUCUGGCUUCAGCUAACCCUGUGGCUCCCAGACUCGCCUCCCCACCCCCACCCCAGCACUUGGGGGCAGGGCAGAGCUGGAAUAAACCCUUCAGUACAGUGA